UCUCACCUGCCCCGUGUUCAUCGGCCAUCUGGGGUCUGUUUUGACCAUUAAAACACAACAUAAAAUGUAUCUCAGACAUUAACCCAGUCCAUUAGCAAGGUCCCCAUGGUCGCUCUUUAUUGUUUCAAAAGAGACAAACUAACCCCAGGUGUGCAUUAAGACAUUCAGAGAGAAGCAUGCACCUGCCCUGGGGUCUCAAACCUCCUUAUGACGAAAUGGUAUUACUAAUUUUCAGAGGAUUAUAUAAAGGAGAUCAAGAACAACACACUUCAUCUUCACAAAGACAACAGUUCCAAUAUGGAGUGGAAAGGAAGGCAACUGGUCCAGUUGUUAUUGCUCAUGUUUGUGCUAGAAGUUACUCUUUGCCAACACUGGUCAUACGGUUGGCUUCCUGGUGGAAAGAGAAGUGUCGGUGAAGUAGAGGCAACUUUUCGGAUGAUGGAUGGUGGUGAGUCAGUGCUGUCUAUUCCUGCCGACUCUCCAAUGGAUUCACUUCCACCCAUACACAUAGUGAAUGAGGUGGAUGCUGAAGGUUUGCCUCUGAAGAUGCAGAGAUUUCCCAACAGACGAGGAAGAGUAUAAAAAUAAAAUAUGUAUCUUUAAAUCAGUUCAAAUAAAAUUAGUUUUAUCAUUUGGAAGGAAAAUGUCAUAUUGAGUCCUGUUAAAUGUAAAAACAUUCCUGUUAAAAUAUCCUUUGUCUCUGGAUGUAAUUAAUAAAUCAAUGGGGGUAAUUAAUUAGUUUAAAGUGUACUUAUAAUACAAACAUAUUUAUUAAAGGUAUUCAAAGAACGAAAGCCAUUCCACAAGUUCUAAUCCACAUGGUGGCACUCUUGUAGUACGAUAUAUAUAAACUAAAUCUC